AUGAGCUUGAGACCUGAGAAGCCCGUUUGGAUGUCUCAAGAACAGUAUGACCGGCAAUAUGGUGUUGGGCCUGAGCCAGAAGUCAAGAAAACAACCUCGAAGAUAGUUGAGGAGGAGACUGUUUCUUUACCUGCCAAUGCGGAAAAUGAAGCUACACCUGAAGACGCUCAAGGUGAUGCUCACGAAGAAGAUCAAAAAAAGCCGCAAUUCAAAUUGGCUAAACGAAGACACCAGCGCUAUGACGCUGAUGAAAGAAGGAAGAAAUAUCAGCUACAGAAAUUACGUGAAGAACAAAUAAAGCGGCAUGAGAUUGAAAUGACCGCUAGCAAAGUUGUUAACGUCGAUCAAAUUGUCAGGGAACAUUAUAAUGAGCGAACCUUUAUAGCAAAAAGGAGGAAGCGGCAUUUGUCUCCCAUUAUUAAGCUACGAAAUUUCAAUAAUGCCAUCAAGUACAUGCUGAUUGAUAAAUACACAAAUCCUGGAAAUGUUGUACUUGAGCUUGGCUGUGGAAAAGGUGGUGACUUGCGGAAGUACGGGCAAGCUGGGGUAUCACAAUUUAUUGGAAUUGAUAUAUCCAAUGCAUCAAUUGUUGAAGCGCAAAAACGAUUCUCAUCAAUGGGUAAUCUCGCUUUUCAGGUAAUUCUCAUUACUGGUGAUUGUUUUGGUGAAUCACUCGGAGUUGCGGUAGAGCCUUUUCCUGAGUGUAGGUUCCCAUGUGACGUUGUCUCUGCACAGUUUUCCCUCCACUACGCUUUCGAAUCCGAAGAGAAAGCAAGAAGGACGAUUCUCAAUGUAGCAAAAUCUUUAAAAGUGGGUGGCUACUUUUUUGGAACAAUUCCUGAUUCAGAAUUUAUCCGCUAUAAGCUCAACAAGUUUUCCAAGGAUGUAGAGAAACCAUCUUGGGGAAAUUCUAUCUAUAAGGUUACUUUUGAAAAUAACGAUUACCAACAAAAUGACUACGAAUUUCCAAAUUCAUAUGGUCAAAUGUACACCUAUUGGCUUGAGGAUGCAAUAGAUAACGUUCCAGAGUACGUUAUCCCAUUUGAAACAUUAAGAAGUUUAGCAGACGAAUAUGGCCUUGAAUUGGAACUACAAAUGCCAUUCAACAAGUUCUUCGUACAGGAAAUACCUAAAUGGAUUGAAAGAUUUUCCCCCAGGAUGAAAGAGGGUCUACAAAGAUCAGAUGGUAAGUACGGGGUAGAGGGUGAUGAGAAAGAAGCAGCUUCCUACUUUUAUACAGUUUUUGCAUUUAGAAAAGUUAGAUAG